GACUGCCCAUCAGAAUGGUGCAGUGGUAGGAGCAGCAGGGACCCUGGUGGGCCGCCACCGCCACCGCCGCCGCCGAUACCAACUACUGGCACCACUGACGCUCCACCUGGCAACCCAUCAGCAGCUGAAACAGCCAUGAAUGCAAACACUGAGCCUUUACCUCCUGGAUGGGAAAUGCGUCUUGAUCAGCACAACCGCCCAUACUAUGUUGACCACAACACUCGUACAACAACAUGGGAGCGACCACAGCCUUUACCACCAGGUUGGGAGAGGCGAGUGGACAACAGAGGCAGGGCAUACUAUGUUGAUCACAACUCCAGGACAACAUCAUGGCAACGUCCGAACACAGACAUGGUACAGAACUGGCAGAAUUGGCAGGAGUGGAGGAACAAUCGUACGUUCGAGCAGCUCCAACGGCGCUUCUUGUUCCCACAGUUCACCCAGCAAGACACCAGUGACCCCCUUGGACCUCUGCCAGAAGGAUGGGAGAAACGGGUCGAUGCAAAUGGUCGUGUGUACUUUGUUAAUCACAAGAACAGGACGACACAGUGGGAGGAUCCAAGAACACAGGGCAUAGUGCAAGAGGAUCCUCUGCCCGAGGGCUGGGAGAUGCGCUACACUGGUGAGGGUGUACGUUAUUUCGUUGACCACAAUACCAGAACAACUACAUUCCAGGACCCCCGAGGAGGGCCAUCCAAGGGACCCAAGGGUGCCUAUGGUGUGCCAAUCCAGUAUGAGAGAAGUUUCCGCUGGAAGCUGGGUCAAUUCCGAUACCUCUGUCACUCCAACUCCCUCCCAGGCCAUGUCAAGAUCACUGUGUCCAGGGACAACAUGUUUGAGGACUCCUUUGCACAGAUCAUGAGAUUACAACCUUAUGACUUGAGGCGGAGGCUGUACAUCAUCUUCAAGGGAGAGGAGGGACUUGACUAUGGUGGUUUGGCCAGAGAAUGGUUCUUCCACCUGUCUCAUGAUGUUCUCAACCCCAUGUAUUGCCUCUUCGAGUAUGCUAGCAACAGCAACUACUGUCUACAAAUCAACCCAGCCUCCAGUGUCAACCCUGACCACCUGCUCUAUUUCAGGUUCAUAGGCAGGUUUAUUGCCAUGGCUCUGUAUCAUGGGAAGUUCAUUGAUAGCGGCUUCACCAUGCCUUUCUACAAGAGAAUGUUGAACAAGAAGCUCACAGUCAAAGAUAUUGAAUCUGUAGAUUCCGAGUUCUACACAUCGAUCCUGUGGAUCAAGGACAACAACAUUGAUGAGUGUGGCCUAGAGCUGUACUUCCAGGCUGACUUUGAAGUCCUGGGCAAGAUUGAACAGCAUGAUCUCAAGGAGGGUGGCGGAGACAUCAAAGUAACAGAGGAAAACAAGGAAGAGUACAUCAACUUGAUGGUGAACUGGCGCUUCACUCGAGGAGUUGAGGAACAGAGCAAGGCGUUUCUGGAGGGCUUCAAUGAGGUGGUGCCUUUACAGUGGCUGCAGUACUUCAGGAUCGAUGAGAGGGAGCUGGAGCUGAUGCUGUGUGGCAUGCAGGAGAUAGAUGUGGAUGACUGGGAACGUAGUACCAUUUACAGGCACUACCAGAGAAACAGCAAGCAGAUCGUUUGGUUCUGGAAGUUUGUGCGUGAGAUUGACAAUGAGAAGAGGACACGUCUUCUUCAGUUUGUGACUGGGACCUGUAGACUGCCAGUUGGAGGAUUUGCUGAACUCAUGGGGAGCAAUGGACCUCAGAGAUUCUGUAUAGAGAAGGUUGGUAAGGAGACAUGGCUGCCAAGGAGUCACACGUGUUUCAACAGACUUGACCUCCCACCAUACCGUAGCUACGAACAACUUGUAGAAAAACUCAACUAUGCCAUUGAAGAAACAGAAGGUUUUGGCCAGGAAUAAUGAAUGGCAUUUGGUAGAUGUCACAUAGUAUCUAUGUACAAAGACAAAUAUGUCAUGAAGAUAGUGAGCCAUCUUCUAUCUGACGCUGACGUACCGGGGUGAAGAUAGUCUGUAUAGCACAGCUGGAACUUGUGAUUUAACAUUGGACCUGUACCGGAGAUUGUAUAUACACUGAACUAAUCAGUGGAUGUAUAUAGAAGUGAUCCUUGGAAACUCACGCCAUUUUUUUUGAGCAUCUUAACCUUUCAGCGGUGGAUGCCAUGGACACCCAGAAAGGAUUUGAUAUAUUGAGGAAGAUGGUGUUGAAAGGGUGAAGGGAGACGACUCUCUGAGUACACAUCAAGGAAAGGUUAAGCUAUUCAUUACUCUGGUAGAAUUUUAUGAUGUUGCCCAAGUUGUAAGCUAUUCCUGAGUCUUGCUUGAGUUUGCUAAGUGCAGUUUAUGAGAACAUUUUAUAUUGUAUCUAUAUUAUACAAUGUUAUAUAAAUGGUUUGUGUUAAUUACCUUUCAGGCAAUGUUAUUAAUUUAUUAUGUAAAUAUUACUAACAGAAGCUGACUUUGUGGAUAGCUUGCAUCAAGUCCAUAAUAAUAUGCAGAAUUGAUGAUGUAAACUACUAGGAUAUAACUUACUGCUAUCAGCAAAAGUGAAAUGUUUAAACUUGGAAUUUGUAGACCAUCUUCAGUAUGAUUGACGAGUUCCUGUCAACUUUUGGCUUGGUAUCAGAUGUCACUUGGUAAAGAGAGUCAUGAAUAUGAUUGUCAGGAAACCAGAGAUGACUGAAAUCUGUUGUAUGUUUUCUUACUAUUUAUUUUUGAAAUUUAAUUAACUUUUUUUUGUUUGUUAUGUUCAAUUAGUAUGACGAUUGUUGGUUCGGUAUUUCUGUAUAUUAUAAUUUGGAGAAAGUAUCCCUUUGAUUUUGGGAACAAAAUAUUCAUAUUGUGACUAGUAUCAUGCCUUUUAUGUGGCAGUGAUGCUUUGCCAAGUAGAGAAGGCAGAAUGGACACUGAUUUGGGAUUAUAUAUUGAACACCAGAGCAUUAAUUAUGCACAGUGGGGAAACCAACUUUUUUUCUGUUGGGUAUAUUUGUUGUUAUUAAUGCUUCUGAUUUUACUGUGAUGUAUCCUGUUUAUUUAUUGUGAUUUUAUUGGUAAUCUUUUUCUUUUUCAAUUGUCCACCAACAAUCAACAAUCAUAUUGAUGAAUUCAGGGCUUUGAGAGAGUAAAUAGCAGAGUGCAUUUUCUUAUUGUGAUGACAUGCAUGAUAUCUGCACUGUAUCCAGCUCUGAGCAACAACCAGUGUGUAACUAUAUCAACAAAGGAUUACAUAUUACCUGCUUUCCCCAGUUGAAAUGAGGAGUCUCUGAAAGACAUGCCUCAUGCUAGAGUGACCUUCACCUUAGUACCAGUAUGUACAGUCUUAUAUGUACUAUAGCUUGUAUACAGGAUUGUAUUGUAUAAAAGUCAGAUGUCUUUUUCUAUAUUUUUUAUUGGUUCAUGUAUGUAACUACAAUAACACUGGGUGUUUUGUUGCUCAUGCAAUAAACAUGAAUGCUAAUCAGUUUUGUAUGAAACAGUAUAGAAGUAGACCCUGGAAUCUUCAGAUUAUACUCAGAAUAAUGUAGCUUUUGUUUCUGCAGUCCAAAUGUUAGUAAAAAACAUUUGAACGUUAUCAGUGUAAAUAAUAUAUUGAAACAAUCUAAAUCAGAAGAUUUACCAGUGCUGGUGUAUUCACAGGGAACAAUAAAUUGAGAUUUCAUGAACGUGUCACCCUGUCUUGCCAGUUGCGAUAUUGUAAAUACUUGCAUGUCUGACAUUGUCAUAUUAUGAAUGUCAGACCUAUACCUGUUAUACACUACAACACUAGUUACUAUCUCAUACUAAGUUUAUUUUUCUCAUUGCUAUGAGGCAUGGUGUUGCUAUCUACUGAUGAUAUAUACUGAAAUUCCUGUAUGUGGUCAUGUCUUGUCUUACAAGGCUGGAGCGGUAGAGAGGCAUCACAUCAGUGUUAUGAAAAGUUGGGUGAUGGUUUAACACAUAGUAACUCUGGUUUGGCCUGAUUCAGGUUUGUUAGCGAUGGCUACUGUAUCUUCUCAUCUGUUUCUUGCAUAAUAUCAGUCUUUCUGUCUGUCAUUAUUGGCAGCUUCAUUAAGUUCCAAAACAGUGUACGCAUGUCUGCUGUAAAAUUCAUCAUUUCUACAUUUCUGAAUGGCUACAAAUCAUGAAACUGUUUAAAACUGUGAGUCAAUACCUUCCUUUAUCCCGUUUUUGAGAGUGUGGUUGUACAAAGCAAUCUUAGUGCUGAGACAGUUGUAAAUCUGUGUUAAGGUAUGGGAGUUACGAUCACCUUAGUGCUAAGAUAGCUUUGUACAAUGGCACCCUGGACUUACAGAUUCAUCCAUAGUCAAAAAGAGGUGACAGACAGAAAAACUGACAUUAAAUUAAGAAUGGAUGACGGGAGGUGAUUAAUGCAGCCAGCUUGGGUCUUGUUUGCCUUCUUACUUGAUGAGCCUUAUCACUUAUUUGAGGUCUUGACUGUUUGGUACUCAAAUGUGAUACAGCAUAACAAACAACAAAUGGAUCUUAUGUGACAAAUUAAGACUUGAAAACUUUCAAGACAUCCUGUGAAUGUCAUAUUGCUGGUUCAAUGUGAUAACUGGAUGAUUACUCCAUGCCAACUUUGUACCAGUACUUCUUUAAGCAACUGAUUUUAACAGUAACUUGGCUAUGUCAUUGAGUGAUCUCAGAAUGUUCCCUCAUUUAGCCAAUAAAUUCUUAACAAACUUGGUUGGUAGUACUGAUUUACAUAUCAACUACAGGACUUCGGAUAAAAUAUGUUUAAGACAGCAGAUGGCUUUUGUGAACUUGUUUGGUCCUUUAUGUGUCUCCUGCAGUUCAACUUUAGGUAUUGAUAGUUUGAGCUGUUUGGGUAGUAUAUCUUGUGUCAGUCUUGGGAAUGGUUGCAACUAUAUAUGUUCACUCACUUUAAUAGCCUCUACUGUCUAUGCAUGUGAUUCAAUCAAUUCAUGGUAACACCACACUUGUCAUUGUGUUCAAGGUUAUUUGCCCAAGUUGUUUUACCUUAUAGAUCUUCCUUUGUGAAAAUCAAUACACUUUCUUCAUACACUCAUGCUUGUGUUUAUACACUAUAUCAUAUGUUGCAAUAAACCAAAGACAAGUUUCCUUUGUUCCUGAGUCUGCACAAUGAUAUUGGUGUAUAUUUCUCAAUUGUCUUUCUCUGAACUGUAUAUUGGUCUCCUUCACACUAGCUGAUACUGUGUUUUGUUACACUGGUGGUUGAACUUCAUUUAUUCAGAUAGCUGAUAAAAUAAACUAUUUGGUCCUUAUGUCAAAAACAAGGAAUUGCAUUUCGUGUAUGCCAUUGACCUCGGCAGACUGUGUUUACAAUCAUCUAUAAUCAUAUUAAGGCCAUACCAUUUGCUUGUUUUAUGGAUGAAUGUACCGUAACUGUUAAAGACUGAACUUUUGAAAAAAGUGAUAGUACUUGUGUUUUAAUUGAUAGCAACUUUGAGUUCCAGACCUAGCUUUGUAAAGUAGAUAAUUAGCCAUCAUUUUCUGAACAUUUUCAGUUUAACCUCACAUGAUCCAAUUUUGGCUUCCAGCAUAUUUUUGGGACAAAAACUAAAAUGGUCUGCCCAGUGAUAAAGACUAUCUUCACAUAGCAGCUUUGAGUUUCAUUUAAUGCUUGUUCUUUUAGAAUAAGAACAUUUUAAUAUGUUUUGAUGUGAAAGCUUCAGUCAUACUCCAUCAGCUUUUUCAUGCUGGUGGAAUGGUGUGUAGUAGUACACUGCUUUUUAAUUGUCCAGUAAGUGGACAUUUUAUCAAAUGUUAAUAUGUUUUUCUUGUACAUUUUGUUCUAGGUGAACAGAAUACAACUACAGAUACAAUUAAUCAAAUCUUUCCAUAAACUUUUGCCUAGUUUGUAUCAUAUCAGAGCAUUAUAGUUGUUUAUGUGUUUCAUUGUGAUUUUUUCCAAGUAUAAAAGUGUGAGUCAUUGCAUAUUCCUAUCUAUGCACAUCAGAAUAUUCAGUUCACAAGAAAUGACACAAGAUCACUUCAGAUAUCUGGUGUAUGAAAGAAAAUGUAAAAAAUCUCUAGGAUAAUGUUUGAUUUUUGAAUUUCAGAUUGCAUAUCAGAUACUCCUGGCUUGUGGCGACGUUUCUGGUAAUUCUUUGUUUCACACAAUGUAAUAUAGGUAAAGAUUAUAAUAAAAGUAAUCUUGGUAUGUAACUAAUGUACAUAUUAAAUCAGGAACUCCCUGUGACGUGCACAGACAGGUAAUACUGGUAUGUAUUGAGAGUGUAUUAGUAAACUGUCAACACUUGAUGAAGCCUAUGUUAAGCAGACACCUUCAAUGUCUGGUGUACAGAUUUCAGCCCUGUCAAAGUUGAUUUUGAAACUGUAACCCUACUUUAAUUAUUUUGGAAUCAAUUUGUGCUGUGAAUAAACUGUUGGCUGAAUAGA